AUGUCCACUGGCGGCAGGUUCAACUUUGACGAUGGGGGGUCAUACUGCGGCGGGUGGGAGGAGGGCAAGGCGCACGGCCACGGGAUCUGCACGGGACCCAAGGGCCAGGGCGAGUACUGUGGGUCCUGGGCCCACGGCUUCGAGCUGCUGGGCGUCUACACGUGGCCCAGCGGGAACACCUACCAGGGCACCUGGGCCCAGGGCAAGAGACACGGAGUGGGUGUUGAGAAUAAAGGCCGCUGGGUGUACAAGGGCGAGUGGACGCACGGCUUUAAGGGACGCUACGGAGUCCGGGAGAGCACGGGGACGAGCGGGAAGUACGAGGGGACGUGGAACAACGGCCUGCAAGACGGAUACGGGACGGAGACGUACUCGGACGGAGGAACCUUUCAGGGUCAGUGGGUUGGCGGGAUGCGACACGGCUACGGAGUUCGUCAGAGUGUCCCGUAUGGGAUGGCGGCCGUCAUCCGCUCCCCUCUGCGAACCUCUAUAAACUCUCUCCGCUCCGGUUCGGAACACAGCAACGGCACGGCCCUGCUGGACCGGACCGGGGCGGUGGUUCCUGGGCCUCCCCCCGUCCCCGGCACGCUGACCACCAGCGUCUCCAUGUGCAGCACGGGCAGCAGCGGCAGCAGCCCCGCGGUGUCCCGGGGGGGCUUCGUGUUGAUGGCGCACAGCGAGGCCGAGCUGCUGAAGGGGAAGAGGAAAGGCGGGCUCUUCAGGAGGUCCAUCCUGUCCGGCCUCAAGCUGAGGAAGUCCGAGUCCAGGAGCUCUCUGGCCUCGCAGAGGUCGAAGCAGAGCUCGUUCAGGAGCGAGGCUGGGAUGAGCACCGUGUCCUCUGCUGCAUCGGACAUCAACUCCACCAUCAGUCUCGGAGACGCAGACGCCGAGCUGGCGGCGGCGGACGACGACGUGGACGCGACAGCGACAGAGACGUACAGCGGCGAGUGGAAGAACGACAAGCGCACCGGGUUCGGGUCGAGCCGGCGCUCCGACGGGCUGCAGUACGAGGGCGAGUGGCUCAGCAACAAGCGCCACGGCUACGGCUGCACCACGUUCCCCGACGGGACCAAAGAGGAAGGGAAGUACAAGCAGAACGUCCUGGUCAGCGGGAAGAGGAAGAACCUGAUCCCCCUGAGGGCCAGUAAGAUCCGGGAGAAGGUGGACCGCGCCGUGGAGGGAGCGCAGAAGGCCGCCGACAUCUCCCGGCAGAAGUCUGAAAUCGCCCUGUCAAGGACGGCCCACGCCCAGGGGAAAGCAGAGGCAGCAAUGGGAGCGGCUCAGAAAGCCCAGGACGAGAGUCGCAUGGCCAGGGUCACCGCCAAGCAGUUCUCCCCUUCCUUCCAGCACCCAGGAAACGGUAUGGAGGUGCAGCGUCCCAAACGUCAGGUGUCCAGUGAGGUGGAGGGCGAGGGGUUGUCGAGCAGCGCCGGCACAGCCGAUAGCCCAGAUCUGUACGUGAAGAGCGCAGCCUCUGACGACCCCUCGAAUGACGCAGCCACCCCUGACCUCAGUCCCCCGUCCUCCUCGCCUCCUCACACUCCGCCUCCCCCUGCCCGGCCGACCCAGCGCACCAAGAGCGCCCGCUUCCUACGGCAGGGCGCUGUGGACCAUGCAGACAAGGCGAAGGAGGCAGCAGAGAGGAGUGAGAAGGCUGCGGCUGGAGGGAAGACAGAGAUCCAGGUGAUGAUGGAGGGAGGUAGUGCAGGAGGUGAAGGCAGCGGAGGAGGAGUAGGGAAGGGGGAGUUCCCGCGGGCCAACAGCUGGACUGAGGACAAGAGGAGAGGGGUGCUGUCAAAAGGAGGAGCUGUGGUCAGUGGACGUGGAGCGAGUCGGACCAACGGACACAAACACAGCUCCUCCAAUCACAAGUCACGGGAGCACGGCUCAUCCAAUCACAGACAGGUCAGAGGGGACCGGUGGACGGAGUCGUCCUCGUCGGCCUCCUGGACGUCAGGACACAGGGGCGUGCACAGCAGGGGGGGGCGGCUGCUGGAGCAGGACGAGGAGAAAAUUAGUAACUACGAGAUGGAGAUGAAGCCUUUACAGCCCAGGGACUCCACUACCCACAAGCCCCAUGGGCACGGGGAGGAGAGGCCCGGGCACGCUCACGGAGAGGGGCGCUCGCACGCGGUGCAGCGACAGAGACACAAGAACCGUGACGGGAGGGAGGGGAGGGAAGGACGAGAGGGGAAGGAGGGAGGGAAAGACUCAUCGCACAAGCUGGACAGACCGGGGGAGAAGAUGGAUCCUCGGCCUCUGCGCCGGGACCUCACCCUCUCCCCCCCUCUGAAGUCCUCACCCAUCUCACUGGGGCAGCAGGACCAAAGCCUCACGCUGAGCAAAGGCAACUCGGCCUACAGCUCUUUCCUGGUAGUCAUGGUGAUUCUGCUCAACAUCGGAGUGGCUAUUUUGUUUAUUCACUUUUUUAUUUAA